CAAACGCAGAAGCGAGCUGAGGACGAAGCAAACAAACCUGGGACUGGUAUGAAGAUGAAGAGAUGCAUUGCUGCUAGCAUCCUGCUGAUGCUCGCCCUCCUCGUCGCCGGCCACCCCUCCGUUACCGCCGACGACGUGGGCACCAUUCUCCUGCCGAGCAAAGGCAAAGACCAGGUGGUGAUGGAGGCGCCAAGGCCGUGGAAGUGCUGCGACGUGACCUCCUGCACCAAGUCCGACCCGCCGGCGUGCACCUGCGAGGACGUGGUCGACAGCUGCGCUGCUACCUGCAAGCUCUGCAGGCCCUUGUCCCCGCCCCGCUGCGUUUGCCUGGACCAGUACACCGGCGAGCCCGGGCCCAAGUGCACGGAGGUGGAUGUCGCCGGCGGCGGUAACUAGCACCCGAUCGAUGCCGUCGAGCGUGCGGAAUGCCUCGUGCUCUAGGCUUCUAUACUAGGUACUUGCUGCUGCAGAGCCUGCUGGUUCACAAUAAAAUUGAUGUCCGGCCUCCUGCUAGGCUGAUGCCGCUAGUGUCUGCCGUAGUGCUGCUAGCCUGUAUGUUUUUGCAUUUUAGUGAAUGAUGAUUUAUUCCGAUUUCAA